GGCGAAUACAGGUAUCCAAUUCACGUCGUUGAGUACCGGUACAUGUAGACGGUAGGUACCACCAAUCAAUUUUGUCUACCACAAACGAUAUGAAUGACUCUAUCUAGUACCCCUAAGUCCUACUCCAGGCUCGCAGCAAUGGGUAUUACAGUAUUGCGGGAUUGUGACAGCGCCUGUCUCCCCCUAUCAAUUACCCAGAAAACGCGUAAAUCCCGCCACACGAGAUAUCCCAGAAUCCGGGUUUCUACUGGCCAUGCAACGUGCAGCUGUUCCUCCAACGACACUUUAAAGCUUGCGUAUGCUACUGAAUCACUGCUCCUAUGGAACAACGUUCAGAAAUAGCCGAAUAGGCAUGCACACCUAUCAGACUUUGAAAUAGCUCUCGGUGAAAGCAUGAAUUCAUUAUUGCCGCCUGUCGCAUGUUUG